CUCUCCUUUCCAUUACACCUACACAGAGCUAGCUAGAGACAGACAGAAAAGAAUAAUGGCUUGUGUGGUUGUACUUUCUCUUAUGAGGACGCUAGAGCUUGAGUUCUUGCAACCUCUCCCUCGUCCAAUUCUACAACAAAAGGAACUCAUCCCCUGCAACAAAGACCUGGCCCAAUCUCUCCUCAACAAGCUUGGAUCCCUCAUGGAACAAUUCGAUGAGAAUAGAAUGGAUGGUGUUGAAGCAAUCAAAUACUUGGAAACAAAGCUCAGAGAUGUAGCUUCCAGGAUUGAGGAUGAAAUUGAACUCCAAGUACUACAUCUUUAUGAGGAAGAAGAAGAAGAAGUGGAAAACACAAUUUUUGGAGGAAUUUUUGAUAUUUUUGAUAGGUUUGUGGAUCAUACAUUUCAGCCACAGGAGGAGGAGGAGGAGGAAAUGCCACAGGGUGAGAAAAGCACUUAUCAUUGCCAAAGCCUUCAUCAGACAAGUACUCAUCAUUGCCAGAGGCUUCAUCAAAUUUUGCAUCCGCUAAGGGGAAAAUCACAUCCUUGUCUCAAAUUCCGUCGUAUUUUGCACCCAGCUGUUCAAGACAUUGAUGCCAUCACUCAAGAGUUGGCCAAAGCCAAGGAGGACUACCAGCUUUUCAAACAUCAUCUACAACCUGCCUCCAUUCAUGUUUUACCAAUCCCAACUCAUCAAGGUAUCACCAUGCCUGAUUCUUCCCACACUGCUUCACACACCAAGGGAAUAAUGGUAGGAAAACAGGAUGAGUUCGAGAGUAUAAAGGAGAUGCUAAUCCAACAUCCAUCUAAGCAACUACAAAUUGUCUCCAUUAAAGGUAUGGGAGGUAUUGGUAAGACAACAUUAGCAAAGAAAAUUUAUGAACAUCCAUCAAUCACUUCCCAUUUUGAUAAGCGAGCAUGGACUGUCGCAUCACAACAUCACAGUCAGAGGCAAAUGCUCUUAGAUCUUCUUGGUUCCAAAGACAAUAAUGCAGACAGCGGUAGUAAUGAGGACCUAGCAUUACGACUCUACCAAAGUUUGAAGCAUCAAAGGUAUUUGGUUGUGAUGGAUGACGUAUGGAGUGCAGAGGCAUGGGAUGCUCUCAAAACUUGCUUUCCUAAUGAUGGAUAUGGUAGUCGAGUAUUGUUGACUACUCGCAUUGGUGAAGUGGCUAAUCAUAUCUGCACUUAAAAUGAUUUCUCUCAUCAAAUGCAAUUGUUAGAACAAAGUGAGAGUUGGCAACUAUUUAAUGAAAAGGCAUGUAAAUCUCGCGGUGCUGAAUUUGAAACGAUUGGGAGACCGGUAGUUAAAAAUGCAAAGGAUUGCCUUUGGCAAUUAUUGUGGUUGCUGGCCUUUUUUCCAAACUCAUCACUCUAGAAGAGUGGAAGAAUACUGCCAAUGCUCUAAGUUCUUCUUCUGCAACUACUCUAGAUGAUGAAGAAUGUUCGAGAAUAAUCUCAUCGAGUUACAAUCAUUUGACCCACAACUUGAAAGCUUGUUUCUUAUAUUUGGAAGUUUUUCCAGAAGAUCACGAGAUCAAUGCUAAUGAACUUGCAAAGUUAUGGCUUGCGGAAGGACUCGUAAAGGCAUUUGAGAAUGAAAGCUUUGAUGCAGUGGCUAAUAGGUACGUGGAAGAAUUUAUGGAUAGAAAUCUGAUAAUUUUAAGCAAGCUAAGCUCCUGUGGAAGAAAAAUUAAGAGGUUUAGGAUGCAUGAUUUAUUGCAUGCCUUUUGUAGGAGAGAAGCUCAAAACGAGAACCUUUUGCAUGUUGUCCAGAGUAAAAAUAGUUCUUAUUUUCCUCAAAAAGGUUUUCGAUGGGUAAACAUCCAAUAUGAAAAUUUUGACGUGUCUAGAAUACAUCAUUUUACUUGGAAAAGCUGUAGAUCCUUCUUCAGUUUUGUGAGGAGGGAAUUAAAUCCAGAUUUUAGAAAUGUCAAUCUACUGAGAGUACUCUUCCGUUAUACUAGUUAUGUCAGGAUCAAAAAUAAUGUGAAUACUGUACAUUUGAGAUUCCUAGAUGUUGAAAAUAGUAUAGAACUGUCUAGGACUCAUGGAUUCCUAGAGUCAAGAGGUAGAGAGGGUGUAGAAUUGUCAAGGUCUUGGAAUCUUCAAACACUUUAUUGUUAUAGAAGAGUAUCAUUUCGCAGAUUAGAUGAAGGAGGGAAGUAUUUGAAAUUUCCACAACUACAGCAUAUUCUUUGCCUCGACCCUUUUUGUGGAAAUCCUCCCAAUUUUGUUCAUAAAGUUGGUCUGAUAAGAGAUGAUGAUUGCUCAAAAGAAUGGAUUACCAAUAUUCCAUGCUUGAAGAAGGUACAUAUUGCAUGUGAAGGCAGCAAGAUAAAUGCUUGCAUUGCGAACUUAGCUUAUUUAGAGCAGCUCGAGGGACUGAAGAUUUUAUAUUCCGGUAAUACACGUAAUGUAAUUAAUAAUAGUAUUGCUCUCUUGAAAAACCUUAGGAAGUUGACAUUAUAUGGAGUUGGAUUUGUGUGUGAUGAGAAAAUUAAUAUUCGUAGCAAGUUACCUAGGCUAGAGGUGCUCAAGUUACACUGGAAGCCAUUCGUAGGCAAAGAAUGGGAAAUACAAGAGGAAGUGAUAUUUUGCCAGUUAAUUGCUUUAGUUAUCUAUGGUUAUCAUCUCAAGCAUUGGAAAGCUAGUAGUCAAAAUUUUCCAAAACUUGGGCACCUAUAUAUUAAGUAUAGUUAUAAAUUGAGAGAGAUCCCAAUUGGCUUUGCUGAAAUUUCAACAUUGAAGUCAAUCAAAUUAUGGGAAUGUCUUCCUUCCGCUGUGGAAUCAGCCAAGAAAAUUCAAGAAGAGCAACGCGACUAUGGAAACAACGAUAUGGUUGUUAUUAAGGAACACACAUUUGAUGGUUGGGCAUCUGAGGAAAGCCUGAGUGAAGAAGAGACAGAAGUGGAUAACUGAUAAUUGAUAACUUCCUUGUAUUCACUUUUAGGCAGAAGACAACAAUGCAUGGUAAUAUUUGGAUCGGAAGCUUUCAAUGUGUUGGCUGAAAGGCAAAGAUCAGAGCUGAACAAAUCUGAUGGGCAGAGAGAGAGUGUGUAUUGCAUCCGGGACGGGCAGGCGUUUGUAGAAACUCAUUCAAGAAUCCAAUGCUUGCAAUAAUUCACAAAACUCUGGGGAGUGUUCAAACUUCAUGUCUUGUAUUUUAGUACUGAAUUGGAAGUUUAAAACUUUAAAAUACUCUUGAAGCUUAGAUUUGCAA